UUCAUCAUUCUAGGGGGCUGAAUCAAAAUAUUCAUCCCCAUAGUCUGCUGGAUCUAAGAUUUAAAUCCAAUAAUUCUCGAAGUUAGUAUCUGGCUGUAACAACUUUUAAUGAGUUACUUCCGGUGUUAAAAAUGAUCAUUAAAGUGCUAAUAACUUUAUUCAGAGCUGUUCAAUGAGACAAGACGCUAAGAAGAAUGAUAACUUGCAAAGAAAAUCCAGAGCUAAGUCAUCAAGUUUUAAUGAUGGUGGCAUGGAAGUCUUAAAGGAGUGGCUGGAAAGUAAUCUCGAUUAUCCUUACAUUGAGCGCUCAGAUAUUUUAAAAAUUCAGGCCAAAACCACUCUGACUAAGAAACAAAUACAAGGCUGGUGCACCAAUAUCCGAAGGAGACGGAUGACAGUUAUAAGAGACAGCAAUGGAAAUAAGAAAUUGGUUCCUCAUGAAAAUCCCGAGAAGAAGAGACAACAAAAUAAGCAAGGUGAGCGUGUUCCAAUAAUCCUGCUUAAUGAUUCUAAUAAGACCAUUGAAAAUGCGCCAAAACGUGAUGAGGAUAUUAGCAAAGAUUCAGCAUCUUUAAAGUCUGCAAAAGAUGAUAAAAAUGAUCAUCAUUGACACCCAAUUCUAAUUGAGCAACCAAAAACCAAGGGAACUAUAAAAUCUUCUAAAAAGACACCUCAGCAAUUCUUAAUCACCAGAAAGAAUUCUGCGACUUUUAAAGGCUCUCUAAGCACCCGAGAGCUUUCAAAGAUUCUUUGCAGGUAUUGCUUCUGUGAAAAUUUACACUACCUCCCUUUGUUAUUAACAAUAUCUGAAAUCAGGUAAUCCAUCGAGAAUUUUUAAUAAGUAUGAGUUAUUCAUUCAA